GAGACCGGGAGCAGGUCUCCCUCUGGCGGACAGGCUGGAUCUGUAGGGGGUCUGUCUCUUCUCUCUCAGUUUAAAACACUUUCUCCUCCAGCAUAUGCUCCCGCAUCUGUGCGAUGUUCUGCAGGAUUACGGAUUCAGGAGAUUUGUAAAUGAAUCGUUCCGGUAGAGAAGCGGCGAUUUAAUUAUAUGGCAGGAAUGAUGCAGUGAGUGCCAGUGCCAGGAGCAUUGACUCAGCAGGUCUGAGGUCAUUUGGAGAGCUGUAGAGGGAAGGAGGAUGGAGCAGGCCCACAGUCUGCUGCUAAAUGAAGAUGCCUGCGGCCGCUUAGGAGAACACCAGCGGGCUGAAUUUAUUUUUGAAUGGCUGCGUUUUCUGAAGAAGCUGCUUCCUGCCGCAGACAGGGCGGAUGUGAGGAAGAACCAGAAGCAGCUAGCGGAGCAGCUUACGGCCAUUCUAACAGGUUCUCCUGGUCCCUCCACACGCUGGCUGUUGGCCCAAUGUCUGGCUCUGCUAUAUCGAGUGGGCGACACCUUCACCUCCAGCCUCACUGUGGACCGCUGCAAUGACAUCAUUCGCAGCAAAGAUGACUCGCCCAGCUUCCUGCCUACACGACUGGCAGCUGUGGCCUGUCUCGGAGCUAUGUAUGAGCAGUUGGGCCGCCUCCUCAUCAGCUUGUUUAAGGAGACUGUGGCAAACCUCCUUAAAGCCUUGAAGAAUGCAGAGUCUCAGGGACGACAUGAAAUCAUGCUGUGUAUAGAGAAGAUUCUGAAGGGCUUGGGGGUGAGCGCAGUGCCCUGUCACAGAGACAUCUAUAAAGCCACUCGCGCCUGCCUCACUGAUCGCUCCAUGGCUGUUCGCUGUGCUGCCGCAAAGUGCCUGUUGGAGCUGCAGAGAGAGGCAGUGUUCCUGUGGUCCACGGAGCUGGAGAAUGUGGCCGCGCUCUGUUUCAGAGCUUUUGAGGGCUCCAACUACGACGUUCGUGUUUGUGUUUCCAAGCUGCUGGGUGCCUUGCUUGCUUCUGCACUCGAACCCAAACAAGCCAUAGCUCCCAGGCCUGGGUCCAAGCGGAGCUGCCUGGAGGAGGUGAUGGAAUUGGUGUCUGGUGGUUUCCUUCGAGGUUGCCCAGGCUUCCUGCGAGCCAGUGGAGACAUAUUGAAGGGCACAAGCUCUGUGAGCCGAGAUGUGCGCGUGGGCAUUACACAGGCAUGUGUGGUAUUCAUUUCCACUCUCGGCAGGGCAUGGCUGGAGGCGAAUUUCUCCCCCCUGCUGUCUCUCCUCAUGGAGCUGGUGUCUCACACUCGGGCAACCCAAAGCCCAGCCGAUGCCAUCUGCUGCCGACGCUGCGUCUCCUUCAUCCUGCGAGCCUCUGUGGGCAGCCUUCUGGGAGAGAAGGCUCAGAUAGCAGCUGCUAAGGAGAUCUGCCUGGCCAUCAGUAAACAGAAGAAGGCAGUAGACAUGGCGUUGUAUGAGGGGAACCAGGAGACUCGAGUGAGCAGCACGGAUGUGGGGACCAGUCAGCAUGUGCUGGUUUGUGCCCUGCUGGAGCUGGGCAGUGUGCUUCAAGAUCUACGCUCCAGUGCCGCCCCCCUGCUGCACGACUCCAGCAUAGGUAUGUUGGACACUGUGCUUUCUGUACUUCUUCAUCCCAGUGUAUCUGCUCGGCUGGCUGCAGCCUGGUGCUUGCGCUGUGUGGCCGUAGCGAUACCUGCUCAAGUAGCAGUAUUACUGGACCGCUGUUCAGAAAGACUUAAUGCACUAAAGUCCUGCCCUGAGGCCGUGGCUGGGUACAGCGCUGCCAUCGCUGCCCUGCUGGGUGCUGUACAGCACUGCCCACUGGGAAUACCGCACGCCAAAGGCAAGGUGGUGAUGGGCCUGGCUGAAGAUCUGCUGCGUUCUGCUGCCCAGAACAGUCGGAUAUCUGUCCAGCGAACUCAGGGAGGCUGGUUACUACUCAGCGCUUUAACUACAUUGGGACCCACAGUAAUGGAGCACCACCUGCCCAGAAUGCUGCUCUUAUGGAAAUGUGCUUUUCCUCAGUCUGUGAAGGAGCUGGACAGCGAACUGAGGCGUGGAGACUCUUUUACCUGGCAGGUGACUUUGGAAGGCCGCUCAGGAGCGCUGUGUGCAAUGAAGAAUCUUGCAGUGCACUGCAGGGAUCUCCUCAGUGAUGAUGUAAUCAGUCGAAUGCUUCCUCUGCUUUCCUGUGCUGUGGCUCUCCUGACUCAGUUGCCUUCUCUAAUCAAAUCUUAUGGGAACCAGCUCAAAAAUGCUGUCACUGUUUUCCAACUGAGAGUGUAUGAGAUUCUUGCACUAUUGCCACCCAAGAGCUACGAAGAACAUAUUGGAACGUUGCUGAAAUUGCUGCAGAAUGAUUUGACUGGUCCGGAGAACAUGGCGUGUGCUGAGCUAAGCUUGUUACCACCUCUGUGCCACAACCAGGACCUGGCACUGAUGGGUCCUGCUCUUCAGGAUAUGGACCAGCACUACAUCGAGGAGCAGCUGCAUGGAGGCACUAUAGGAGGAGGAAGUUUAGAGUACGACCCUUAUGCCAUCUUUGAAAAAGAUCUGCAGGUUCCUGCUCCCCUUCCUCCAGUGGCUGCUCUUACUGCUGCCGCCAUCCAGCUCUUUGGAGUCAUCUUCCCCCAUCUGGCCAUCCAACAGAGGGCUCAGGUCCUAGAGAAGUGCAGUGAGACUGUGCGGUUGCUGAAGGGCAAUCGGCAGCAGACCGUCCACAUCCACGUGACUGCUGCUUUUUGCUGCACUCUAAUGAAUUUAGCAUCAGGUCGUGAAACAUUGGGUCCGGAGGAGGUGCAGAAGCCAGGUCUGUCUCUCCUGAUGGGGGCGCUGGAGAGCUCAAACCCCCUGCUGCGCUGUGUGGCUGCUGAGGGUCUAGCCCGACUAGCACAGGUUCUUAAUGAACCUAAUUUCACUGUCUCUCUGGCGAUGAUGAGCUUCGAUAGGUUAAAGACAGCGAGGGAUGCCAUCACACGCACAGGCCAUUCCCUGGUUCUGGGUGCACUGUACCGCUAUUUGGGAGGUAUCAGCUCCCCCCAGCACCUCAGUGCUUGUGUAGGGGUUCUGUUCACACUUUCUCAGGACAACACUUCACCUGAAGUCCAGAUGUGGUCUCUUCAUUCGUUAUCUCUGGUGGUGGACCUGGCCGGGCCUCUCUAUCGCAGUCACGUGGAAGCCAGCCUGACUCUGGUGCUGAGGCUGCUUCUCGUGACGCCGCACACACAUGUGGAGGUGCAGCAGAGCCUUGGACGCUGCCUUAAUGCUCUCAUCACUUCACUGGGACCUGAUCUACAAGGUGAGGGUCCAGGUGUUUGUGUGCUGAGGAAUUCGUGUUUAGUGGGCUGUGCAGUGAUGCAGGAUAGUCCAGACUGUCUGGUGCAGGCCCAGGCCAUCACCUGCCUCCAGCAGCUGCACAUGUUCUCACCUCGCCACGUCAACCUGGCUACUCUAGUGCCCAGUCUCUGUGAGAUCUUGUUGGAUUAUUCUGUGUUGGUAAACCUGUGCAGCUUGUACCUGUCGCUGCGGCGGGCAGUGGUAGCAUGUUUACGGCAGCUGGCUCAGCGUGAGACUGUGGAGGUCUCUGAGCAUGCUGUGGCUCUAGUGAAGGAGCUACCUCGCAGAGACAACACACAACUCGAUGUGACUAUUAAAGAGGUGGGUUUGGAGGGAGCUCUGUUCAGCCUGCUGGAUCGGGAGUCAGACCCUCGGCUCCGGCGUGACAUUAAAGACACACUGAUCCACAUGAUGAGUUCUGCUGCAGAGAGUGAGCUGGCCCACUGGCUGAAGCUCUGCAAGGAUGUGCUCUCUGCCUCCUCAGAUUCAGCAGCUGUGUCACUGAUUGAGACCAACCAGGAAGAGGAUACUGAUGACUGUGCAGCCUUCCAAGCCAAGCGUGAGCACAGCGGGCCUUUCAACAACCUGCGCUGGUCCACACGGGUGUUUGCUGUGGAGUGUGUGUGCAGCAUCAUAGUGCAGUGUGAGAAUGGAGAUCCGGCUCAUUUUGACAUGGUACUGGCUCAGGAGCAGCGCUUGCACGAGUCCACAGAUUUCCUGGUUCUCCAUUUGGCCAAUCUGGUCCGCAUGGCCUUCAUGGCAGCUACAGACCACAGUGAGCAGCUUCGGCUUGCUGGCUUACAGAUGUUGCUGGUGAUCAUCCGCAAGUUUGCCAGUGUUCCUGAGCCAGAGUUUCCUGGACACGUCAUUCUAGAGCAAUACCAGGCCAAUGUGGGAGCUGCUCUUAGACCAGCCUUUAGUGCAGAUGCCCCUCCUGAUGUCACUGCUAAAGCCUGUCAGGUCUGCAGCGCGUGGAUCGCCAGUGGGGUCGUCAGUGAUCUCCGGGAUCUGAGGAGGGUGCACCAGCUCCUGGCAUCCUCGCUGGUGAAGGUUCAGGCAGGGCGAGAUGUACCCAGCUCCCUCUAUAACGAGAGCACUUUCACCAUGGAGACCCUGGCUGUGCUGAAAGCCUGGGCAGAGGUGUAUAUUGUGGCGGUGGAAAGCACCAAGCAGAAGGAGAGUCCCGCUGGUCAGCACCUGGAGCAGCAACUAGAACAGUGUGAGGAGCCUGAAACUGCAGGACCAGCGGGAGCCGGAUUACUGAAGCUGGUGCAGGGUGACCUGGCGACCCUGAGCCGCCUGUGGCUAGCUGCACUACAGGACUAUGCACUGCUAACACUUCCUCCAGCAUAUGCCAACCAGCUCCCCACCUCAGGGGGCUCGUUCUACACUGCAGAGACGGUGAAAGAGGCACGCCAGCAUUAUUUUGUUGCCUGGGCUUCUGUCCUCCAUGCCACCGCCCUCUGGCUCAACAGCACAGAGUUCAUCAUGGUGGAUGAGGGACCUGCAAAUCUCUCCAGACCGGUAACCCCCACCUCCAUGGGUCAGUCCACCACUCUGAGCAGCAUCAAGUCCCCAGAGGAUAUCAGCACUGAGCGUCUCAACCUCAUCCUGGGUAUAAGUGUGGAGUUCCUGUGCUCACCCCACUCUCAGAACCAAAUGGAGAACAUCGCCUCAUGUCUUCACGCCCUGCAGGCCUUAUUUGAUGUGCCUUGGCCCCGUUCAAAAGUUGGCAAUGACCAGGCACUGAGUGUGGAGCUUCUCAGUGUGCUGCACAGGCUGAUUGUGACUCGGGAGUCCCCAGAAAUUCAGCUGGCUGUUCUGGAGCUGGUGCGGCAGGUGGUGUGUGCAGCUCAGGAGCACGUCAAAGAGAAGCGGCACAGUGCAGAGGUGGAUGAUGGUGCCGCUGAGAAGGAGACGGUGCCGGAGUUUGGAGAAGGCCGAGAUACAGGUGGACUAGUACCUGGCAAGUCUCUCGUGUUUGGAGCUCUGGAGCUUUGUCUCUGUGUCCUGGUCCGAAAGUUACCACAGCUCAGCCCACGGCUGGCAGGCAGCCCCACCGGACAGGCAGGCAUGCCAUGGUCUCUCAAUGACAGCGACUGCAGGCUCGUCACUUCUGCUUUGGGGAUCCUUUCAGAGUUACCCUCUAUCUGCUCGCCUGAGGGCAGCGUGUCUGUGUUGCCCACGGUGUUGUAUCUAUUGCUGGGAGUGCUAAAAGAAGUGGUGAAGGGCUCUUGUGCUGCAAGCAAAGAAGUGCUGGUGUCUGGAGCCCUGCAGGCACUGCGCUAUGUCUUGUCAUCUCCCAUGAGCAGAGCUGAGAAGUGCCGAGCUGCGUGGGUCGAGCUGCUACGCUCUGCUCUCAGCACGCUGCUGGAGUGCUGGGAUACGGAUAAGACGGAGCUUGUUGUGGAUGAGGUCACCUUGUUAACAGCACUCACUAUCUUCCUGCUGUUUGCCAGUGCUGAGGUCACCACUGUUGAGCCACUGCAGUCACUUUGCAUCAGCAAAUUUCAAGCCAGCCUGGAGUCUAAGGACCCUGUGGUGCGGAGCAGGAGUUUCCAGUUGUUGGCGUCAGUGUUUCAGGGACAAACUGCCGUAGCUGGGCCGUUUAUUCAGGGAUUGGGCACACAGCUGGUGGCUCAUCUGCAGCAAGUGGAGAAGAGUCGGCCUCAGUCCUCUGCGGAGCUCCAGGCAGUGCAGGAUGGAGUCCAAACAAUGGAGGCGUUAGUGCUUGCAGCAGAGGAAACUAACCGUCCCCAGUUGGUGGCUGUACUGUUACCCCUCCUGGUCUCCUACCUGCUGGACGAGAACACUCUGGGCUCAGCGUCUGUGGCCUCCCGCUCUCUGCACGAGUCUGCUCUUAGAGACCUGAUGCGACUCGGUCCUCAGCAUUCCAGCGUCUUCAAAUCGCUCAUGGCUUCUGCUCCCCACAUGAAAGCUCGACUAGAGGCAGCCAUCAAGGGCAACCAAGAGAGUGUGAGAGCCAAAGCUACGCCUCCUCACGUCCCUGGCAAGACUGCCCCCAGCAUCCAACUUAAGACCAACUUCCUGUGAAUCUGAAAUGUUUUUAGGGCCAGCAAAAUUAUUUUAAUAAUCCAAGAAUAAUCCAAGAAUGUGGGUUGUUGUUGUUACAGUAUUCUUAUGUUAGUGUUUGUUUUAAAAUUGUAUUAUUAACCUCUGUGAGGAACUUAAUCAGCAUAAAGGUAGUUUAGUUUUAAUACAGACUGUUUAAGAGGAAUCUUAAAUCACAUCGUUUUAGGAAUGCAGCAUGUUUUAAUAUCUUAGAUUUACUUUGCAUUUUUAUUUUUUUCACCUACAAAUAAAAUUCAUGGCUUUCUUAAUUUAUCAUAAUUUAAGUUCUAAUAUCUGAAUACCUCAGUAACUGUUAAAACUGUUAAAUGCAAUUCUCUCAGUGAGACGAAAAAAAGCAGCUGGUUGUGAGAAGACUGUGCUUGCUUUAACUCAGUAUUUUCUAAUAUUGCUUUUGGAGGACUAGCAUUUUAAAUUGUAGUGAACACCAUUGUAUUACCUCAGGAGCUGCUGGGAAUGAAUCAGUGUGCUAUAGCAGAGGGCACAUAAUUAAAGUAAAGUGCAGGACCAGGACUAAGAAAGCCAGUGGGUGUUUUACAUGCAUUUAAAAAUCCCUUCAUUGUAUUUCUGCAGUUAUCUGAUUAUUCAAGUAGUCAUGUAAGCAAUAAGAGUGGGCGAUAUGGCCCUAAAAUAAUAUCAUGAUAUUCCAUGGUAUUUUCAUGAUGACAAUACUUUUGGCGAUAUGACAAAAGACCGAAUUGAAAAAGAAAAAUAUGUCAAGAGUACACAACUGCAACAAAAUAAAAAAUGUAUUUUAUUAUUGCAUACAAGAUGCUAAAGGCACACCCCUAACUGAGAUAUUAAAACAAUACAAGAAUUUUAUCAGAUUUGUAACAGAAGUCAUUGAUCCAGAAUGAUCAGUAAUGAUACUAAUAAUAAUAAACUCCAAAUAUCUCCAUAUAUCCAGGAUUAAAGUAAAAUAAAUGGCACUGGACAGAUAUAAUCUUUCUCUAGUAGAUAAAUAAUGGGGAAAUGAGAACAGUUUGAAUUUUUCUUUUGCUAAAAACAGCAAAAAAAGUAGUACCCUGAUGAUAAUUAGGGGUGGGUGAUAUAGCACAAUAUUUCAGGGUAUAAUAUCGUUCACUAUAUUCACAAAUGUGUACAAUAUUAUUGCGUACAAUACGAUAUGGCACACCCCUGAUAAGCAGCAUACUCUGUUUUUUUUAGGUUAAGGUAAGGUCUUGAAUCUAGAUUAAGAAAUCUGAUAAAAAGAGAAGGAUUUUAGCUCAGUAAUCAUAUUCUCAGUCCAUUUAAACUCUUAACCAGAGUAUUUUCAGAUUUAUAUAUAUAGAUUUAUAUAUAGUAUUUUUGUGCCUGCAUGACAAACUGCAAACAGACUGUAGUACCAGAAAUAAGUGAGCAGUGUUUAAUACAGCACUCGCAAGAUGACUAUCGGAGCAAUGCUGAAACUGAAGGAUUUAAAUAGUCGUCUUCUAUUGGCUGUAUGUUCAUAUUGCAUAUUGUAUAGUUUGAGUUGUAUGUGAUGUUUAAUUCACAUCUUAUUCUGAUAGUUAAUUGGCUGGCAGUAAAGCCAAAAUCAAACAUACAUAUUACACAUUAUCUGUUUUCAUGUAAAACAUUGACUGGAUUACCGUCGACCUCCAAUAUACUCCAGUAAUCAGAUUAUUAAGUGCAUGUGAACACACUCAGUGUCUCAGGUUUGUGGCACAUUAUAAAAUUUCCUCAAAUUUCCACUUAAGUUUAGGUCAAGUUACUACAGUACAAGCUACUCCACUGGGAGCUUAUUUGCUUUCUCUGGCUUUACACUACGGCAUAUUAUUUACAGCAUUACGGUUAAAAUGCACUUGUUUAACAGUUUUCAGCACAGAUUGCUCCCUGUAUCAAAUGCAUGGAAAUACUACAGCCUGGUGCCUGCAUUUCUGCAUUGCAUUGCUCCAAUUCCAGCUACUUUUGUAUUAAUUACAGCACUGAUACUCUGCAGCAGCUUGCAGCUUCCAUGCAGUCAGACAUGGUGUGAUGUUAUUCCUUCAAUACUUAAGUGAUGCAUGAAAACCAGAUAACUUUUCACAAUUUUACCAAAUUGCGCUGCUAUUUUUUUAAUUUUAGAAUGUAAUCCAGAAUAAAAGGAUACAAUAAUAUAAAAGUGAUUUAAGGUUGUUUUAAACUUUAUAAAAAUUUGUUUCUGAGGAUAUAUUGUUAAGGCCGUUGAGAUGAAAUUGAGCUGGUGGAAAUCUCCAGUCUUAAAGGAUUGGAGGUUUACUAGAGCAGGAAAAUUGCACAGCAAACAAUUCUGCACUCUGCUCGUAAAAUCAUUUAGAUUUAGAGUACGAAAAUCAAACAUUACUUAUCAAUCCAGUAAAUUGUAACUAACCCAUAUUUUUUUUUCUUUUAGCUUUCGGCUCUUUCUUUUAAUUGUUGGUACUUUUGCUGCAGUGAACAUAUCAAUUAAUACUGUAUUUGUAACCAUAUCACACAUUUUGUAUCCUGUAAAAGAAACAGAAAUGUGGUACAAAAUUAACAGUUAUUUUCUGAUUACAUGUUUGGAAGAAUAAAUUAACGUCCAUUGUG